UAGGCAGAAGCGGCGGCGGGGCAGCAUGGCGGGGCUGGUGCUGGGCGCGGGGCCCGGCGCGCUGCUGCUGGCGGCGCUCUGGGCGCUGGCGCUGCUGCUCUGCUUGGCGCUCGCCCGCGCUCCCGGUGCCGCCAGGCUGGCCGCGCUGCCGGUGCCGCUGGGCGCCGCGCUGCUCAGCGCCGCGCUGCUGCUGUACCCGCGGGAGGAGGAGGAGGAGGAGGAAGGCGCGGGGCCGCCCCCCGGCACCGAGAUCGUGGACAGCUUCUUCAUCAGCCGCCUCAUCCUCCUGGCUGUGAUGGCCCUGGUCUUCCUCGGGUGCCUGUUCCUUCUGCUGCUUCAUCACCUCGCAGAGCCGGUGUACGCCAAGCUGCUGCGCAGCAGCUGGAGGUGAGGCCACCAGCGCAGAUGCCGCGUCAGGUGGUGGCAGAUAAGCCCUGGCACUGGAGAGCAGAAACGGUGUGAGAAACCUUUCCAGGGUAGGACAGUAGCAGGUCUGGGUGGCAGCCAGCUGCGGGACGCAGCACUGAGCGGUCUUCUCAAUUUCCCUCUGCUUUCAGCCUAAACGGGGAAACGCAGAAGGUAAAGAGAACUGAACUCAGAGAUCCAGCCAGUUUCUGCCUGAACAAUGGAUUUGUGAGGCCUGGGGUGGUUUUGGUCAAUAUUUUUUAACUCCUUGUUGGCCUUUCAAUACUUUUCAAGAGAACUUAGGAUUUGGGGUUCUUUGCUUUGUUUUAUUUUGGUAGCAUGGAAGAGGAAAUCCAAUUUUCAUGGCAAUAAAAUAGGAGACUGGUGGGGAGUUAGUGAGUCAAUAUCCACAAGUUGUUUUGUUACUGUUCUUUUUUAAUGUUAAGACUAAUAAAACUUUC